AUGGCGACCAGUAUUCCAGCGAAUCCGACCACCCAAACUAUUAAUCAGCUGCUGGUCAAGCUGAAUGAUAACGAUCCCGAUUUCCGUUUCAUGUCCUUGAGCGACCUGAUCACCGUGCUCAACAUUGGCAAGCAUGACCUCCUCCACCACGACUACAACACAGCUGCCCGCACAAUCGACUCGAUCGUAAAAUCUUUAGAUGACCAGAAUGGCGAAGUGCAAAAUCAAGCCAUCAAGUGUCUUGGACCGCUUGUUGCGAAGAUUCCACACAACCUCAUCGCUCCGCUGAUCGAGAAGCUAUCCACCCUCAAGCUUCAGAAUUCUGUCGACAAUUCGGUGCCAGCCUUGGCCCUUCGAAACGUCAUCGAGUCACUCCCACGCCCCGUACAAGGUGUGGUUCCUUCAAGAGAGGUUCUCGAAUCAUAUGCCAGCAUCAGCCGUGUGUUGAUUCCGCGGCUUCUCGGCCGCUCUAUCCAGGCGCAGAAAGCUACAGGGAAUGUCCGGUUGCCGGCCCCAGGCGAUGGUAUGAUUGACAGCGAUCAAGACCUGAACGCGGAUGCAGUCGACGUUCUCAUUGAGGUCGUUCGCUGUUUUGGGCCUAUGCUUCAGCCAGUGGAAAUCGAAGCCCUACAAGACGCGGUUAUUGGUGUCCUGGAAAACCACAGAGCGACCUCAGUGGUUAGGAAGAGGGCUGUUGUUGCUAUUUCCAUUCUCGCAGUAUACUUGUCGGAUGAUCUCCUCUUAGGGUUCAUCAAGCGUACUGUUGUUGUCCUCGGCAAUCCUAAGGUCAAUUCUGUUACCAAGCGGUUCUAUGUGACAAUCAUGGGAUCAAUGGCUCGUUCUGUUCCUUACCGAUUCGGCCAGCAUAUACACACUGUUGUUCCCUUUGUCCUCUCUGCUCUUGGGGAGAAUGAGCUACAGCAACAUCUGGAGGAAAUCAACGAUGGAGUGGACUCUGGUCCAGAGUUCAACGAAGUCCGUGAAGCUGCUCUAGUAGCUCUCGAGGCAUUCCUCGCCUCCUGUCCCUCUCAGAUGCGUGCACAGACUGACGAGGUCAUUACAUCGUGCCUGCGUUACCUGAAAUACGAUCCAAACUACGCAGUUGAUGACGACGAUGAGGACAUGGAGGAAGAUGAAGAGGACGAUGCUGAUGAGCUUGAGGAUGAUGACGAGUUCGAGACUGGAGAUGGUUUUGAUGACGAUGACGACGCAAGCUGGAAAGUCAGACGCUGUGCAGCCAAAGCCCUGUACACACUCGUCUCCACAAGAAGCAGCGGGGAUCUUCUUGACAACGGCGUCCUUUACGGUCAAGUUGCUCCUGCACUGAUCAAACGAUUCGAUGAGCGUGAAGAGAAUGUUCGCUUAGAGGUUGUCUCGACGCUAUCUCUCUUGAUUCGCAAGACGGGAGAAGGUGUUAUUCCGGAUUUUGCCUUGGAUAACGGUCAGGCAGAAGACUCGCACCCAGUACCAGUCAGUCGCAAACGCCGGCGCCAGAGCAGUGGUGGUGGUCCAUCGGCACUUCAUCUGACAGGAACUGGUCUGACCUCUCCGACGUUGGAGAGAAUUCCAUCGACUGGACCUCGCGCAGACCUUGCACAGCUGACGCCAAAUAUCAUCAAGGGCUCAACUAAGCUGCUGAAGGGCAAAUCUGUACCUGCAAAGCAGGCUGCUACCAAUCUUCUGGAUGAUCUGAUAACUGUUCAGCAAGGGGGUCUUGCCGACUAUUUUGACCAAGUCAUCGAGCUCAUUAUCGAAGCAAUCAAACCUUCGAGCGCGUCGUCUACUUCCGUCGCUCUCUCAGGUGCUGGAGGUAAUGCAUCGGCCACCCCCGCAACCCUGCGAGUUGCAGCCCUGCGACUCAUGAGUGACAUAGCGAAGACCCACUCAUCAAAGCUCCUUCAACCGUACCUCACCAAGAUUGUUGCAGGCGUUGUUGCUGUCGUCCAUGAUCGGUUCUACAAAAUAUCCAGCCAAGCUAUUCAGACUGUCGAGGAAAUAGUGAAAGCAAUCACACCGCCGCGAUCUCGUACUACGGCUCAGAAGUACAAGGCGGAGCUUGCCAAACUCUACGAUGUGCUUGUUGACCGAACAGUCGCAAAUGACGCAGACGUUGAAGUUCGUCAAAGAGCAAUCCAUGCCUUGGGAACCCUGCUCUCAAGAACUAUCAGUGCCGAGGGUGCUGGCCUGCUGGCUGCCGAUAAACGACAAAAGUCUCUUGAUAUUCUAUCUGACAGGCUGAAGAACGAAACAACCCGCAUAUCUGCUGUUAGAGCCAUCGAUAGCGUCGCCGCUGUCUCGUCCAGCAAUGUUCAGCUUGACCCCGUCUGGGUUCGCGAAGUGGCUCUUGAAUUGUCUGGUCAACUUCGUAAGGCCAAUCGAGCUCUCAGGGGCUCCAGUGUGCAGGCGUUGAAACAUCUGAUCCUCUCGCCUGCCAGUGAAGGCGCAUUAGACAAGGGUACCGUCAAGAACCUAGUCUUAGCCCUCCAGCCUGUCAUCACUAACAAUGAUGCGCACCUCCUGGGCCCUACUCUCCAUAUUCUUGCAUACAUUGUGGAGGGAAAUGCCGAUACUGUCGUGACAUCCACCCUCAUCGAUUCUCUCUGCCAACUCCUUUUGGUCAAUAUCGUCGACUCCGUCCUGGAUCCUUUGCUGGAUCUAGUGACAAAGAUUGGUCAGAUCGGGGCUGGAGAACCGCUGAUGUCUGGAUUGCUUAGGAAUGUUGGGGUUAGCGGUGAUCCUGCGACCGUCGGAAAGGUUAUUGGCACUCUACUGGUUGGCAGUGGGGGUUCUGCUGGCGUGACGCUUGAUAGUUUCAUCUCCGAAGCAGACACAACCGAGGAUCCUUUGAGGGCGAGUCUCGCUUUGUCGGUUCUUGGUGAAGCCGGACUUCGACUUGGACAGAAGUCUCCCCUGGAACCUCAGCUGUUUUUGGACAAAUUUGGAAAGGAGUAUGACAAGGUGUCUUUGUCUGCAGCGCUUGCUUUGGGCCGUGCCGGAGCUGGAAAUGUUCCUCAAUAUUUGCCGAUGAUUCUCAAGAAUCUAGAGAAGACGGGUACGACACAGUAUCUUCUCUUGCAAUCAAUCAAGGAGAUUCUUCUUCAAGAUGUGGACAUUGCUCAGUACUCAAGCAGCAUUUGGAGUCAAUUGCUUGAUGCCGCUGGUGUUGACGACAACAAAGCUGUUUGCGCGGAAUGCAUUGGCCGUCUCGCAAUUAUCGACCCUAAGACCUAUAUUCCCAAGCUUGAUGGUCUUUUGAAGGACAAUUCGGCAACGCUACGGGCGAUUGCGGUCCAAGCAUUGCGAUAUACAUUACCUGAAAGCACCGAGCAGUUCGACUCAAUUCUGCAGAAUUACUUGGUCAGCAUGUUGAUGACCAUGCUGCAAGAUUCGGAUAUGGAUAUUCGGCGCUUGGCCAUGUCUACGCUCAAUUCCGCAGCUCAUAACAAGCCUGACAUGAUUCUGGGGCACCUUGGUCAAUUGAUGCCGUAUGUUAUGCAAGAGUCUGUCAUCAAGCCAGAACUUCGCCGCGAGGUCCAGAUGGGUCCCUUCAAACACUUGGUUGAUGAUGGCCUGGAAGUUCGAAAGAGCGCCUACGAGACGUUGUAUGCUCUUAUGGAGACAGCCUUCUCUCGUAUCAGUAUCAUCGAGCUGUACGAUCGCAUCAUUGCAGGACUUAAGGAUGACAAUGAUAUACGGUCUCUCAGCAACCUCAUGGUGUCGAAGCUCGUCUACAUCGACCCCGAUGAGACAGUCCGACGGUUGGAUGCCAUAGCAGACGCAUAUCGUACCACUUUGUCAACCAAGUUAAAGGAGAACGCAGUCAAGCAAGAGCAUGAGAAACAGGAGGAAGCCAACAAGAGCGUCCUGCGAGUGACUCUUCUGCUUGGCGAGAAGCUCAAGGGAUCGGUUGGCUCUUCCAGCACUCAGGGCGCCGCCGGUGCCAAUCAAGUGUGGGGGACGUACUGGGAUUGGGUCAACAAAGACUUUAAUUCCCAGUUGAAGAGUUUGCGUGAGGAAAGCGAUAGAAUCGGCCACACAUAUGCCUAG